AUGUCGGAUCAUCCUAUUUCGCAGCCACCAAUAGACGGUGCAUCUAAACUAACGCUAUCACCAGAAUCGAAAUUGCAUGGGUUUGAGUGGUGGAGGAGAUCAUUACAAUAUCAAACGGGUUUAGGUCAAACACCACAAGAGAAAGCACAAUUUGAAUAUGACUUUCAAAAUCGAGAUUUGGACAAAAAAUGUGAAACUUGUAAAGAAAAUUUAAACUGGGUUCUUAAAUACUCGCCACUGGUCUUGUUCAUGAUGGACCAUAUUAGGAAAUUAAAUAAAGACAACGAACCAGUACCGAGACUGAAAAUCGUAUGCCAAACUUGUGAUUUUACAAAAGGCGGUGGUUUUAAUCCUGAGUUGGGGAUAGUGCUAUGCAGUAACUGGAUUCGAUCCAAAUGGCAGUUGGAAGAUAUCUUGACUCACGAAUUGGUACAUUUGUAUGAUUUCAUGAGAUUUGAUGUGGAUAUAAACAAUUUGAGGCAUCAUGCAUGUAUGGAGAUCCGGGCCUCAAUGUUGAGUGGAGAGUGCAGAGUAUGGAACGAGAUAAGGAAAACAGGAUUGGGCAAUUUUGGUAAAAAGUUUCAAGAUUGUAUUAGAAGAAGAGCCAUUAUAUCCGUGGCAGCAAAUCCAAUAUGCAAUAGUAAAGAAGAAGCAGAAUCUGUGGUCAAUCUUGUGUGGAAGAGUUGUUUUAAUGAUACCAGACCAUUUGAACGUGUAUAUAGACGAGAUUUACUAGAUAUCAACAAUGACUAUAAUGCUUCGUCAUCAAGUGAUAACGAGGACCUGGAUGCAUCAAAAACACUUGCCGAUGCAAUUGAGUUACAAGACUCUCAACCAGAACAGCUACACAGGAUUGGUAAACAAGAUUCAAGAAACGGAGUUCUGUCUUCUUUCUCCACCACCACCUCCUCCUUCUCUCCAAGAAGUCCACUUUCUCAUGAAGCCAGUGAUACACUGAGAUCUAGCAAAGAUCAGAAAAGCUCAAAAGUGUAUGGUCAUUUACUGCGCGAAAGUGAAUCGGAUAUCAAUCUAGAUGGACAUGUCAAAUACGUAUUCAAUCAAGGCAAAAUACGUCUCAAGAAGAAAAAGAACAACGAGUCAUCACUUGAUAAAGAGCAGGAACAAGGGCCAACAAAGAAAUAUUCGAAAGCUGCUGUUGCUGCUGCUGCUGCUGCUGCCGCUGUCGCUAAUGGCAAAUACAGAUUGAAAUUUGGAGAUUUGACUUUCAAGUCAUCUAGUACAACCAUUUUCGAUUCAGAAGAAUUUAAAAGCUCGCAAUUUUUUGGCAUGUACGUUUUGUUUUGGCUUUACACUGCAUUUGUGCUGUUUAAUAAUUUGGUACAUAUUUAUUUUGAAAACGCUACACCAGUAAUGAAAUGGAGCAUUGUUUUGAUACUACGUCGGGAUUUGCUCAAGGUUGGGUUGACUGAUUUGGUUAUGUAUUUAGCCAGCUAUUUUCCAUAUUUCUUACAAGUCUUGGUCAUAAAGAGAUGGAUUAGCUGGAGAAAAAUUGGCUGGAUCAUCGAGAGUGUUUACGAAGCUAUUUUUGUUGUAGUCUUUGUAUGGUUUGGGCACUAUAUGAAUUUCCCAUGGAUAGCAAGAGUGUUUUUGGUAUUACAUAGUCUUGUGUUUUUGAUGAAGAUCCAUUCAUAUGCAUUUUAUAACGGGUAUUUGUGGGAGGUGUACAAUGAAGGUUUAUUCUCUGAAUCUUAUUUGGAUUUGUUAUUGAAAAAACAAGUUGUAUUACCAAAGGGACAUGAAGAGGAAAAAACCAUUGAACUUUUAAAAGGAAGUAUUGAGUUCACCAAGUAUGAGUUGGAGUAUCAAUCCAGAGCAACAACAGAUAAGCCGGAAAGUGACAAACACAAAGACGAAAACGUUAGAUUAGACUUGUCAUUCAAGGAGUUGCAAGAUAAAGGUUGCAUUAUUUUUCCUCAGAACAUCAAUUUGCGUAACUACUUUGAGUAUAACAUGAUUCCACCAUUUUUGAUGGAAUACUUGUUCACUUUUUUCCUCAUUUGGGAUUCGGUGUUGAAUGCACUUGCCGAGUUGACACUCUUUGCAGAUCGAGAUUUCUAUGGACCAUGGUGGUCAUGUACUGAUUUUUCAGAGUUUGCAAGAUUAUGGAACAAGCCAGUCCACAACUUUUUAUUACGCCAUGUUUACCACUCAAGUAUCAGUGCACUAAAAGUAAACAGGAUACAAGCUGCUUUGAUUACCUUUAUAUUAUCAAGUAUUGUUCACGAGUUGGUAAUGUAUGUCAUUUUUGGAAGUGUUCGUGGAUAUUUACUACUUUUCCAAAUGUCUCAGAUACCACUAGUUAUGAUGAGUAAGAGCAAAUUAUUGAGAGAUAAAAAGGUAUUGGGGAAUUGUAUCUGCUGGUUCGGGUUCAUUAGUGGCCCGAGUAUUAUUUGCUGUUUGUAUUUGGUUUUUUAA